GCGGCACAACCAAGUUCAGCACUGAAUUCACCAAAUCCAUCACUCCGGGGACAGUCAGAUAUUUGCAUGGAUUGUGCCUGAGUUGGCAAUCUACGAAGCAAGUGUUGGUGUGUAUGCAGGUGGCCACGUGUUGCUAUUGCUCCUCCCUACAUAACACGCGUGACCAUAAUAUAGUGCAACAAUAUCCACAUGGGCUACCAUUAAGGUUAAGCCUGGUAUUAUUUCUCACAUGGUAUCAGAGCCAAUUUCUAAAAUCCCUAUUUUUUUUUCCGGCUACGAUGACUUCUACGCCAACCUCUUCCGCCGCCGCUGAGUCCUCUGAGCCGGCCACAAUUUCACCCACCGCCCAGAUGACGUCGCCGACCUUCUCUUCGUCUCCAGCAACUCAGCCUCUAUCUUCCGCUGCUUCAAUCUCGCAGCAGGCCUCCAGUCUAUCUUCUCAAACGAUGGCUGCUUCAACAACUCUUCCAUUCAUGUCAAUGGACCCUGUUAUCUCUCAAACCUGGAUGCCGCCUCCUCUUACGACGGAAUUUAGCGCCUGGAAUCCUCCCCUCUUUACUUGGACGCCGACACAGCCCUCAGUCCGUCCACCAGUGCAGCCCGUCCUCUCUACUGGCAGAAGUUUUCUUCCUCCCAUGGAAUCUGCCUCCAAUUUUGCUGGUCCUACAUUUGCAGGAGCACCAGUUGGUUUAUUUCCGGAGAGCUUCACCUUUGAAAGACUACGCAACUGCUUGAUUGAAAAGGAGCAAACUAUACAGUAUAUGCGCACUCUAGAAGAGCCUCCCCAGGCCCAAGCAUUUGCGGUCCAAGCUCAGGCUACCGGGCAGCCACCUCCCCACGGCGGGCAGCAGCAACGUGGGAGAGGUUAUCGCGGUAGGGGCGGUCGUGGACAGCGGGGCAGAGGGGGCCGCGGACAGCGUGGCCGCGGUUAUGCCCCACAUCAGCAUGGUUAUGGCUUUCCUCCUCCGAUGGGCUACGGCUACCCCCCUCCUGGCUAUGUUCCAGGGGGUGCACCUCAUGCGGGCAUUCUUGGGGCUCCAGGCUCAGCAGGCUCUUCAUCUGUUGACGGGCACUCUGUUCCUCCUCCUGUAGUUUGUCAAAUUUGUUAUGCCCCAGGUCAUCCCGCCUCUACUUGUCCGUCCCGUUUUGUUCAGCCGGCUGCACCUGCUCUCGCUGCUCAGGCUCCUGAUGCUACUGACAUUGUGUGGUAUCCUGACUCAGGUGCCUCUGCUCAUAUGACUCCUCAUCCAGUUUUUCUGUAAAGGACAAAACUACGGGGGCGGUUCUACUUCGAGCGGUCAGUGAUAAUGGUGUCUAUCCUGUUCGUCAGCCUGCACCUCCACCUGUUGCCCUUUCUGCUGCUUCUGUUUCCCUUUGGCAUAAUAGAUUAGGACAUUGUGGUACUCGUGUUUUAGAUCAACUUAGAAUUAAUAAUUUAAUUUCUGGCACUUCUGCUUCUAUUUCUGAUUGUAUUCCUUGUCGUUUGGGAAAAUCACAACGGUUACCUUUUAAUAAAGUUUUUCACAACAGUCCGUGUGCUUUAUAUUUAAUCCAUUCUGAUGUAUGGCAAUCUCCUGUGCUAUCUCAUCUUGGUUUUAAAUAUUAUGUUUGUUUUGUGGAUGAUUUUUCUCGUUUUACAUGGCUAUAUCCUAUGCGGCGUAAGUCUGAGGUUACUACUCAUUUUCAUCAUUUUAAAUUAAUGAUUGAAAAUUUACUUGACCGCAAAAUUAAGAUUUUUCAGAGUGAUGGAGGGGGUGAAUUUGAUAAUUUUCAUAUGCGGAAUUUUUUUACUGAUUCUGGAAUUAUUUUUCAAAAAUCUUGUCCUGAAACUCCGCAGCAAAAUGGCGUGGCUGAGCGCAAGCACCGUCAUUUAAUUGAACUAGCGCGAACCAUGCUCAUCACUGCCAAUUUGCCCGCUCAGUUUUGGGUUGAUGCUGUUCUCACUGCCACUUUUAUUAUUAAUCGGUUACCUCUCCUACUCUACAUGGUGUGUCUCCGUAUGAAAAAUUGUUUCUCUCUGCACCGGAUUUAUCUGGAAUGCGUGUUUUUGGUUGUGCAUGUUUUCCAAACUUUAAUGCCACUUCUGCUAAUAAACUUUCUCCACGGUCUGUUCAGUGUGUUUUUCUUGGUUAUGCGUCUGAAUAUAAAGGUUAUCGUUGUCUUGAUCCUAUUUCUGGUCGGGUUUAUAUUAGCAGAAAUGUCCGAUUUUUAGAAAAUAUUUUUCCAUAUUCUAAGUUGAUUAGUGCUACACUGUCUCCGUCGAGUAUGCCUUCUUACACCGCUCCUUUGGUUCCCCUACGUACCAGUGACCAGCCCCCAUCCUCAAACCUGCAACUGCAAUCCCAUCCAGUUGACUCACUCCCAGAUUUCCAUGCACCCACUCCAACCUAUAAUCAUGUUCCCAGCCCCUCUUCUACUCCCAUUACCUUAGCAGACAGUCAAUUACCUUCCACUACUCUGGCUGAGACUUUACUGGCCGACACACCACCAUUCCCUACUUCACUG